AUGGAGACCCAGUUAGAGUCGCUAAGUACGCUGUGUAAGAAGCUUCUAGACGCAACGACGCUGGCAAACUCGCAAACCAAGGUGCUGAUGAAGCACGCUAAUACGAUGUAUUUACUUGUUGAGAUGGCGAAGAAAUCGUCGGGACAUGCGGACCCGGACUUUGAUGAGAGACUUAGCGGUGACGUGGCAGAAGCUCAAGAUCUGGUCCAAUCAGCGAUGGACGCCCUACAAAGCUGCCAGGCUCUACUCGGACCCCCGAACCCUGACGCGGAAUCUCCCCCCGCUGACGUUUCAUCGCCCCCACGCUCGCGCUCCGCUGAGGAGGAACACGUGGACCAACAGGACAACUCAUAUUCCCAGCAACCGCAUCAGCACGAGCAGCAGCAUCACAACAACCAUCACCAGAAUCUUAAUCGGAGCCAGCAUCAGCAGCAGCAGCAGCAGCAGCAGCAGCAGAACGGGGAUAGCAACUCUCAGCACAAUGGCGACAACGCGGCAUCAUUCCCCCCCGACCACCCCAACGGUCAGCCCGCCAUUCACCCCUCCUCUCCCGCGCGUUCCGCCGCCCCUUCCGCUGCCGCCGCCAACGCUUCUCCUGCUGCAGCGGGCAACGGAACCGACGCAUCCGCUCCAGCCAAUCCCGGCGCCGCUGCUACUGCAGCCGCCGCGUCCGCCGCUUUUCGCGCAGCAGCGGCAGCGGGAGCGUCGGGGCGACCAACUCCCGAGGAGUUGGGGAUGCAUCUGCGAAUGCUUGGCGACAUGAAUCUUGGUUCGGAUCGCAGCGUGAGCGACGUCGUCGCAUCAGUGCUGCAGCAGCUGAAUGGGAUGAACAAUCACCACGGAAUGAGUAGUCACCCCGGGAUGAGUAACCACCACGGCAUGAAUCACCACGCGAUGAGCCACCACGGAAUGAUGCCGUUUCCGCCCGGGACGUUCCCCCUGCCGCCGCCCGGAGUCCUUCCCCCGCACGGCGUCUUCCGCCCCCCGGGCUCCGCGCACCCGCCGCUUCCGCCGCUCGGAUCCGCCCCCGGGCCUUCGGACGCGGACGGGAUGAGCAGCUCCGGCGGAGGAGGUUCGGCGGCGCCUGGAGCCCCGGGUUCGGCUGCGGCAGGGGCGGGAAGCGCGGGGGUUCCAGGUCCCCCUGUCCUUCCGCCGAUGUGGAUGUCUCCACACGGGUUGGCGUUUUGGCCGCGCCCGGGGGGAAAUAACACCAUGCAUCAUCCUCCCCCGAUGGGGGGAAGCCUGGGCGGGAGGGGCAGCACAGGGGGAAGGGGAUCCCCCGCGCCCCCUGCGCCUGCGCCGUCCGCGGAAGGCAAGGAGGGAGAACGUGGCGGAUCGAACGCAUGGAUGCCCGCGGGUGGUGGCGGAACGGCGGGUGGCGGCGCGGGGCAGCAUCAGGGCUUUGAAGCGCCGCAGAAAUCCCAUCUGGGGGUUGAAGGGGGGACGCAAAAAACGCUUCCGCCAACCGACGGCGCGCAGAAGGCGCAUCCGCCGCCGCAGCACCCUGGGCAGCACGGGCAGCAUCCAGCCGCGCAUGCCAUCGUCAAAGCCGUCAGCACCGGAGAUGCCGAUGGACGGGUGGGAGUGGCGCAAGUACGGCCAGAAGGUCACCCUCGGCCAGACCUACCCCAGGAGCUACUUCCGCUGUGCGCACAAGACCACGGGCUCCCACCCCUGUCCGGCCAAGAAGUGGGCGGAGCGCUGCAACGACAACCCCUUCAACUGGCGAAUCAAAUACGUGGGCGAGCAUAA